GUUUGCAGUCUGAGCUGAUCCAGUUUCACCUGAAUAAAAGCUUAAAAAAGGAGGAGGAAAGAUGAAGACAAAGACACAGUCUCCCCCGGAGCCGGUCACAGAAACGGCGGUACCAGAGGAUCUCUCCCCUGAGGCCAUCGUUAACGAGCCCGAACCGGUACCUGAGCCCGACCAGCUAUUUCAGGAGGAGAUAGAGAAACUGGAGGAUGAAAAUGAUGAGCUAAAGACUGAGAUAGAGGAGAUGAGAGCGGAGAUGGACGAGAUGAGAGACACGUUCUACGAAGAGGACGCGUGCCAGCUGCAGGACAUGCAUCGCGAGCUGGAGCGAGCCAAUAAGAACUGCCGGAUUCUCCAGUACCGUCUGAGGAAGGCGGAGAGGAAGAGGAUGAGGUUCGCUCAGACGGGAGAGGUAGACGGAGAGCUACUGAGGGCCCUGGAGCAGGACUUGAAGGUAGCGAAGGAUGUGUCAGUGCGUCUGCACCAUGAGUUGGAGAAUGUGGAGGAGAAAAGGACGAAGACAGAGGAGGAGAACGAGAAGCUAAGGCAAAAGCUGAUAGAGGUGGAGGUGACCAAGCAGGCCCUGCACAACCAGCUGGAGAAGGCCAAGGAGCUGUCACUGAAGAGGAGAGGAGGCAGGGACGUUCAGAAAGAGAAGAGGAUUCCACAGACUCCAAUAGAAGAGGACAACGAAGAUCUGAAAUGCCAGUUGGCCUUCAUCAAGGAGGAAGCCAUUUUAAUGAGGAAGAAGAUGGCUAAAAUUGACAAGGAGAAGGACCGGCUGGAACACGAGCUGCAGAAGUAUCGCUCUUUCUACGGGGAUGUGGAUAGCCCUGGGCCCAAGGGAGAGGCUGGUGGACCAGCUACCACCCGGGAGUCAGAGCUGAAACUGAGACUGAGGCUGGUGGAGGAGGAAGCCAACAUCCUGGGGAGGAAGAUCGUAGAGUUGGAGGUGGAAAAUAGAGGACUGAAGGCUGAACUGGAGGACAUGAGAGACAGGGAUGAGGUGGCUGGAGGCUCGGCUGAGCAUGGCUGCAGCAGGGAGCAGGGAGAGGAACUCAGGGAGCUGAGACAGCAGCUACAGCUGGUGGAGGACGAGGCAGAGCUGCUCAGGAGGAACCUGCAGGACGCAGAGGAGGACAACAACAAGGUGACGGGAGAGCUGAACAAGCUGAAGUACAAGGAGGGCUCCAGGCACGGCGCUGGUGGUGGAGGAGGUGGUGGUGUCGGAGCGGCUGCAGACCGGGUCAAGGUGGAGGUCCUGCAGGAGGAGCUAAAGGCUGCCAGGCUGCAGAUCAACGAGCUGAGUGGCAAGGUGAUGCAGAUGCAGUAUGAGAACCGUGUCCUGCUGUCCAACAUGCAGCGCUACGACCUGGCAUCACACCUGGGCAUCAGGGCCAGCCCCCGGGAAAGUGACGCAGAGAGUGACGGAGGAGAUGACGCCUCCACCUCAUCGCGCUUCCCACCCCACCGUAAACGAGAAGGCCCCGUCGGAGGGGAGUGCGACUCGGACGAGGUGCGUAACAUCCGGUGCCUGACCCCCACGCGCUCCCUCUACACCCCCGAGGGCCGUUUCCUCCCCCGCAGCCUGAAGGACCGGCAGCAGAUGGUAGACAUCCGUCUAGAAGCAGAGCGGCUGGGUCGGACCAUCGACAGGCUGAUAGCGGACACCGGUACCAUCAUGGCUGAGGCCCGGGUCUAUAUGGUCUCCAACGGGGAGCUUUACGAGGAGGAAGGGAGCACCGUCAGAGAACAUGAGUUGUUGUACAGGAUCACCGCUCAGAUGAAGGCCUUCAGGAAGGAGCUGCAGGGAUUUAUAGACAGACUGGAUGUCCCCAAGCCAGAGGACAAAGAGGAAGAGGAACCACUGUCUGGAGGGGAGAACAGAAGGAUUUUGUUGGAUCUUAAGACUGUAGUGGAGGAGGUGCAGCUAGAGGUGAAGAGAGAGGAGUCCAAGAGGAGCGAGCUACAGCUGCAGUACACUAAGGACAGAUGUGCCUGGGAACUGGAGAGAGCUCAGCUGAAAUGCAGAAUCGCACAGUUGGAGGCUAGAGGAGGUCCUGUCGUUGAGGUGGGGCUGAGAACUCAGAGUCCAGAGCCCAGGGAGAGUACUCUUCAUCGGAGGGACAGAGAGCAGCAGAGGAGGCUGCUGGUUGACACCCACACGGCAGCCAUGGACGUGCGCUGCAGGCUGGAGCUCAGUGAGAAGGGCUGGGUCCGAGAGAAGUCUGAACUGCUGGAGAGAUUCAACUCUGAGAGGAAGGAGUGGGAGAGCCAGCUGGGAGACAUGCAGAGGAAGAUACAGGAGAUGUACGACGAGGUGAAGGUGAGGCGUGAGGUAUCUGGGGAGAUGAGAGAACCUGUCGGAGAGAUUACAGAGGAAGUCACCCUGAGUGUCAGCGUACAUUCCACCAGCACAGGAUCCAGCAUGCUUAGCGACAACUCGACCGCCGACCCACGAAGCAGCGGCGGCGGCGGCCAAUCAGAGCCCGCCAACCAACACGGCUCCUACCCCCGUCGUCACGGCAACGACGACUUCGCCGCCCACAGAAACCGGGUGGAUCACCGUGGCGACAGAGGAAACCCCCGUAACUAUGAUGCCUGUGUUGGUAACCAGGAAGUGGACAUGACAGAACUGGAGGCCAUCCUGCGAGGGGUUGACAGAGAUUCUCCCUCUAAAGGGGGUAUGGUUGAUGUCCAUCACGUCUCCCACGGUGGACCUAUUGUAGGACUAACCCACAGCACUGAGAUGAGCUCUGGGACAUGGACUGACAAGAAGGAGAAUAAUACAGCCCUCAAUGCUGCCCUGAAUGAGAUAGCCCGUGUGAGUGAAGAGCUGUGUAGCUACCAGGAUGAGAUCAGUAGGAAGUCCGGAGAGGACAAGAGAUUCCCUGCCCUAAGGGGUCGAACCGAGUCCGUGUAUUUCCCCAAGGUGGACCAUGUUACGACCAGAGAGAGAAUGGAGGACCCUGCCUUCAACCUGAAGCAGCUGGUAGCUGACCUCCGGGCCCUGGAAGAGGAGAACUGGCUGUCCAUCAGGAUGGACCCCACCAGUGGCCCCAGUCACGUCAAGGACCCCACAUCCAAGCCCCCUGAGAGGGAGAGAGAAGCCCCUCCGCUCUCCCCUCUGCUGAUUCCUCCUCCUAUCCCUCCUCGGACAACAUCAUGGUACCUCGCCAGCCCCUCCCCUGAACUACAUGUCCCAGAAUCCCUCAGUGGCUCAGGCAGGAAGUGCCACAGCCCCUGUCUCCUGUUAGACAGGAUGUGCAUCAGCAGCCCAUCGAUAGUGAGGAAGUUCGAGGCGAUGCUGCAGGAGAACGAGGGGAAAGUUCUGACGGAGGCGGUGUUUACCACCUGCGCUGUUCCCGCUAACUCCCAUUGCAACGUGGGCUGCUGCCACAACCGCUGGUCCUGCGACGGGAACCGCUUCGGCAGCAGCAGGUCGUCCACCUACGUGCCUGUCCAGAAGAGCCUGUCUGAAGUCAACAUAGUGAGUGCUGCUGGGAGAGACUUGAUGCACGACUACAGGACCGUUGAGAACCCUAGAAGUCCUAGAAGCCCUGAGAGAGAGAGUCAUGUACAACCUGGAAACAAAGACCUAGCCGUUUCACACAUCUUUCUUGACCUUACCUUAGAGUUACCCCCUCCAGGCUUCAACCCUCCGGGCUUCAACCCUCCGGGCCCCAACCCUCCGGGCCCCAACCCUCCGGGCUUCAACCCUCCGGGCCCCAACCCUCCGGGCCCCAACCCUCCGGGCCCCAACCCUCCGGGCUUCAACCCUCCGGGCCCCAACCCUCUGGGCUUCAACCCUCCGGGCCCCAACCCUCUAGGCUUCAACCCUCCGGGCCCCAACCCUCCGGGCCCCAACCCUCCGGGCUCCAACCCUCCGGGCCCCAACCCUCCGGGCCCCAACCCUCCGGGCCCCAGUAGGAAUAAGAUGCUGGAACAGGCCACUGCUGAGUUUAACAGGACUCUCUUCCAGGCUGAGAUGGGUCGAGGGAUGGAGGACGAUGAGGCGGAGGACAGUUUUACCUCAGCGGGUGUCUCUAAGCGGGGCACACCAGACGGUACGACGGUAUGUGGCGAGGUCACACACGGGGUCACCAGGGAGACGAACUUUGACCUCCCGCCACGGCACAACACAGAGGUCAGACAGAAGGAGGUGAUCUGUGACAUCACAGCUCAGAAGCUGAGUUCAGGGAUCAAACUGAGCCAGGCCCUGGCCCCAUCUGACCCUCAUCCAGGAGUCACCGUCAGGACCUUUGACUCCUCUGCCACCACCUCUGACCUUUCACCCCAACACCCAGAAGUUACGUUUAGGAACAUGCCUUCUAACCCGGCAACACGCUGCCCUGAGGUCAAACACAAAGCUGGACCCCCAACAGCCUAUCUAAGCCCACACUGAACAGGUCCAUCUCUGGUGAAUACAAGCAGCCUGCCCAGGCUACACAUACGGCUCCAGAACCAGAGGUGAGUGCCAGUCCUAAGAGGGACAACAAGGCCCAAGGAGAGAGGCCUCAUUCAGUUAAGUCGUGCCCAGCGCCCCAGCCUCCUACAAACCCUAGGCCAAGGCAGGUUGGGCAACCUGGGUGUCGCCCAACCACAAUGCAGGACACCCCUAAACCUGACGCUGGGGGGCCAGGACUCUGUGUGCCUGGAGCUGGGGGGCCAGGACUCUGUGUGCCUGGAGCUGGGGGGCCAGGACUCAGUGUGCCUGGAGCUGGGGGGCCAG